AAAAAUGUGAAGGUCGCUACGGUGCGGGACCAGAUGUUUGGAAGUUAGAUAACGGGUUGACUCCAGCGUGCGGAGCGAGUGUGUGUUGUUGCACCGUGGCUCUUGUGUGUCGUGCAACACAACAAGGCUCUGGCUCGGCGGGACCGCCAGCUCUUCCUCUCGAUAGAACGCCGAUGGCGCCGCUUGAGGCGAGAUGAGAUCGACUGAGGUCUCCGUUUACGUCGGUGGAUCCCGGAACCGCGUUCCACGCAAAGCUUCACUGAUCCUCAAAGGGAGAACGCAGGAGUUUUGCGGAGCAGGUGAGCAAAAAGCUGAGGAGGAGCAUCUGUAUCAGUACCGGGGAGAGCGAUGGAGCCGCAGCAGGUCGCCGUAACACACGCGCCGUGCUCCCGCAGAGUGCAGUGAGGGGACCGGGCGGAGGGGGCGUGUCCCGCGCUGCCCUUGAGGAGACUGUCGGCUGCCGCAGGAGAGAAGAGAGGCACCACCAGCACCACACCGGGAACAACACAUGGCCAACAAGAGGUGAUGCAUCGUUUUUGGAGAUGCUCCGGUAAAUGACUGAGGCGGACCGAGAGAGGAGUUCAACCCGCGGUGAGAGCAGGUGUCCUUUUAAAAUGGAGUCCACAAACCUCCUGAGCGGCUCCAAGAAGAGGGUGAAGAUCCACCCUCGCACCGUCACGGCCAAGUACGCCACGCACGCCCCUUACUCCCCUCAACCGGUCGUGCACACGCACUUCCCCCAGCCGGGGGACGAGGGCUACGACGACGCCCCCUCUUUCGAGGACUUCGGUUCCUUCCUGGAGGAGACGUCGGACAAGAAGCCGCUGACGGAGAGCAGGAAGUGGCCUCUGACUCUGUUCGGGUCCAAAGACAAAGACGCGGCGAACAAACCUGCAGCGGCGGCGGCGGCGGCAACGGCGGCAACGGCGGCGGCAACGGCGGUUGGGGGAGGAGAAGGGAGCGCGGGGGGAGCCAGAGCGGCGAAGGGCUCUGGGAAAGGAGUCGGGGAGCAGCUGGCCAGUUUCGGGGAGGCGUCCGUGUCCGCGUCCCGCCUCACCUGGGUGGUGCUGCUCGGCGCGGCGUUGGCCCACGGCUGUUUGAUCGUCUUGACCCGCCUGGCGUCGGAACGCUUCGGCCUGGGCCCCCUGUUCCUGCUCUUGGUACGCUCCGCCGCGCAGCUCCUCUCCGUGGCCGUGCCGCUGCACAAGGGGGAGAACCCUUUGGGGCCGCCGGGCUACCGCCUGCGCCUGCUCUGCUACGGCGUCGCCUACUCCCUCUCCCUCUGCUGCGCCUACGCCUCCUUAACCUUCGUUUCCGGCGGGAACGCCGCCGGCGCCUGGCGCCUGGCCACCACGGCGCUGUCGGCGACCCUGGCCUUCCUGCUCCUGGAGGAGAGGCUGGGGCUGGCCGACGGGAUCGCCGUGGCCGCCGGGCUGUGCGGUUUGGGGAUCGCGCUGCUUCCCGCGGCGGACGAGAGCAACCCGGAUUCGCCCGCCGACCCGGUGGCGUUCUGGAGGGGCGCGUUCGGUUGGUCCCUCACAGCUCUGGCGGGACUGUGGAUGGCUCUGGCGCUCGUCGGGUACCGCUCCCUGAAGGAGAGGGUGGGCGUGGCCACGGCCUUGUUCACGGUCAGCUGGACGGGCUGCCUGCUCGCCCCGGCCUCGCUAGUCCUGCUCCAGGAGGGCUGGUCCUGGCCUCCGAGCGGCCCGGCGUGGGCUCUGGUCCUGGGCCUGGUGGCGUGCUCGGCGGCGGCCUUCCUGGGGAUGACGCACGCCCUCACCCGACUCCACCCUGCUCUGGUCUCCGCCUCUCAGAGCCUGGAGGUGCCGGCGGCCGCGCUGCUGCAGCUGGCCGUGCUGCCGCUCGCCCCCGCGGCGGCGGAGGUCGUCGGCAACGCGAUGGUGGUGCUGAGCGUCGGCUGGCUGGUGGCCAGAAAGCUGCUGCCGGCCCGCGGAGGGGGGCGGCGCCAACGGGAAGAGUACGAGGAGAUCCUGGACUCGCCUAUCAAAUAGACUCGACGGUCCUCCCCCUCUUCACACCUUCACACCCUCGUCUUCCCCUCCCUCCCUCCUCCAUCAGAGGGAUGGUCGCACAGAAGAGACUGCUACAUGUUUAUCGGAGCUUUAUCGAUUUUGUAUUGUCCUCCUUGCUUUGGAGAAAGUGCCAAUAUUGUGUUGUCUAGUGACUGUGAUGUGAUAUUAAAAUCUUCUAAUCAGUA